CCCAAAUGUCUUGCAUGAGAGAGUGUUGAUCCAGACCCUCAAUAAGCUGAACGACACUAGCAGGGGCUGUGCACGGGCCACAAAGAUCAGCCCUCGCGAUGAACUUCGCGUCCUUCAAGAUUUCGGAGCCACUUCGUUGAGGCCCAGCAUCCUUUCGUCAACUCGGCAAGAAACACAGCUGCAAUUACAAGAUGGCGUCCACCACCGCACCAUUGUCAUUGGAAUCCUUCCUGAGCACACUUCCCCCGGAUCUUUUUGACCAAACCACGCUCAUCUCUCUCGCUUCCACCGUCGCCAUCCUCCUGGCAGCCUAUUCUCUCUCCCGCGUGGCCCUCGACCCCAAGACUACCACCUCCCGCUACCGGUUACUCUUCAUAUGGCAUGCCUUCGAUGCACUGAUUCACUUUUGCCUCGAGGGUAGCUUCCUCUACCACUGCUUCUUCUCGUCGGCACCUCUCGGGCAUCUGGACCCCAAGGAGGUGUUUGUUGAUCCCUACAACUAUCUCGGAAGAAUUGACAAGGUACAUGGUGCGCAGGCUGUUGCUGGGAGGUUUGUUGACGGGGUUGUGGGUGGUCCGGCGAAAGCUGGGGAUGUGGGCGGCGGAUUGCUGGAAAAGGUGGUGAGGGGCACGGCAGAGUUGUGGAUGGUUUAUGCCAAGGCUGAUAAAAGAUGGGCUGGGGUUGAUUUGAGCGUCGUCAGUCUCGAGCUCCUCACCGUCCUUGUCGUCGGGCCCUUGGCUUGCUGGGUCUGCUACGACAUCGCCAAGAAGAACUCGAGGGUAAACAUCGUUAUGAUCAUGAUUGCUACUGCUGAAAUUUAUGGGGGCUGGAUGACCUUCUGCCCCGAGUGGCUCGUGGGCAGCGUCAACCUCGACACCAGCAACUGGAUGUACCUGUGGCUUUACUUGGCCUUCUUCAAUGGCUUAUGGGUUGUCAUCCCUGCGUAUGUCAUUUAUGUGGCGUCUGGGGAGAUUAUGGGUGCCUUCAAAGUCCGGGAUGCUGCGGCGAAGGCUAAGAAGUCUUUGUGAUGAGUCUCGAAGCGCACUUAUCCAAAGCUUCAUCAGGAGGGGUGGGUAAGAAGCGGUUCCGACACCUGCCCAGUACGGGUGUUCAUCGCAAUCAGCGGAUUCAGCACGGCGUUGCAGGUAUGGCUGUCUCGUUGCACUGCAUGCCCGUACGACUGUAUCCAUCCUCUUCGUUGCGUCAUGAACGGCGGAGAGGAACGAACAAGCCGAUGGGGAUUGGCCGAAGGGCCUCAGUGGCAAGGUGGAAAAGAUAUGCUUCUGUUCGCCGGUUUGCUUCCUAUCAUUCACAUGUGUGAUCUUCUUCCCCGAGUUUGGUUGAUCUUUCACAUGGUUACCAGGAGACACAGCAAGCUCGUCGACAUCUGCUGCCAUCUAGAUAUCCCAGUGAGGAUGAUACGAAUCAAACACUUGAAAAGCGAACUCAUAGUGAUCUUGUGAGAUGAAAUCGCAGUCAGUAUACGAGCCGUCGCAGUCAUGAUAGAG